AGGAGCGCUGCAAUCGCUGCUUUCAACUCCACAAAGCGGGCAUAAGCGGGCACGUGUAAUGGCUGCGUGCGCCCAGUUACAAUAAAUCCCCGUAAACAGUAAAACAUUUGAGGAAUAGCAAAAUCAACCCCGGCGUUCGUCGAUUCCCGACUCGCUAUGGGUGCCUACCUGUCGGAGCCAGUAACGGAGAAGUUCUCCUCCAACGAGACGGGGAACCGUAUAUCGUACGGCGCGUCGUCGAUGCAAGGCUGGCGAAUGAGCCAAGAGGAUGCCCACAACACGAUCUUGAAUUACGAUCGCGAGACGUCGUUUUUCGCCGUCUACGACGGUCACGGUGGUGCCGAGGUGGCCAAGUAUUGCGCCAUGAAAUUGCCCGACUUCGUCAAGACACUGUCAUGCUAUAAGGAAGGGAACCUUGAGGAAGCGUUACGGGAGGGCUUUCUUCAGUUCGAUGCCAGCCUGGUGACUGCCACCGGCCUCAGCGAGCUGAAGGCACUAGCCGGGACGAGUUCCGAUGACUCGGGGGAAGCGACUCCGGAAGAGGGUGAGGCAGACAUGCUGCACGCUGAAGCCACAAUGCCCAUCGAAGACCUCCUAGCACGCUACAGCGGCAGAGUGAAGGAAGUUGUGUGCGAAGAGAAAGAGAGUGGAAAGAAAGGCGAAGGAGAUGUGGGCGAUGGAAGCAGUGCUGUUGACAAACCAGAAUCUCAAACAGGGGAGAAGCUCGUCAACGGGGAGAGCUUGCAGGAAGAGCAGUCAGUGAAGAAAGCUGACGAUGAAGUGAAAGCUGGAGGAUCGUGCGACACUGAGGCAGGGAGCUCGGCAUCGCCAUCGGGGUCUGCAGCUGCAGGCGACGAGCAGCCAGAGUCCGGGAGGAGGUCAUCGCGUCGGAACUGGAAGCCCUACAUGGCGCUGGUCGCUGACCAGGACGCGUCGUCCGAUUCCUCAGAGAGUGGGGAGGACGAGGAAGAGUCUGAGGAAGAGGAGGAAGUUGAGGAGGAGGAGGAGGAUGAAGAGGAAGGAGAGGAGGAAGCAGACGGGGAAGAUGAAGCGGGUUGUGGCGGCUGGAACGAGCGACUGAAGCGGAGACUUAGCCAACUCAACACAUUGCCAACUGGUGAUACUGAAACAGCUGGUUAUGACAGCGGCUGCACAGCCGUUGUUGGUCUCGUUCGAGGGCAUCACCUCGUGGUGGCAAACGCAGGCGACUCGCGCUGCGUCGUCUGCCGUUCUGGCCAGGCUCUCGACAUGUCGCUUGACCACAAGCCAGAGGAUGCUGCGGAGUACAACCGCAUCCGCAACGCCGGCGGUCGCGUCACAAAGGAAGGGCGGGUCAAUGGUGGCCUCAACCUCUCUCGAGCCAUAGGUGAUCAUGCAUACAAGCGGAACAAAGAUCUCGAGCUGCGGGAUCAGAUGAUCACCGCACUUCCUGAUGUCAAGACCCUCGACAUCAAUCCUGCCACAGACGAUUUUAUGGUCUUGGCCUGCGACGGCAUCUGGAACAACAUGACGAGUCAAGAGGUGGUAGAUUUUGUGAAGCGUGAACUGGACAAGGGUACUUGUCCACUGUCCAAAAUCUGUGAAAUGCUAUUUGAUGCUUGCCUCGCCCCGGACACAACAGGCGAUGGCACAGGGUGUGACAACAUGACUUGCAUCAUUGUACAGUUCCAUCAAGACAAAGACAGUGGCGACCAUGUCGCCAAUGGCAGCAGGGGACAGAAGCGGCCAGUAUCUCCAGACGGUGGAACCCUUGAGGGGGCAGAGAAGUCCGAAAAUGACAGCGUAGAAGAGACUCCAUCAAAGCGGCGCCGUGCUGACGAUUCUGCAACUGCCAGUGACGUUGAAGCCACUCCUAACGGUGCCAAAGCGACAGAAGUGACAGAUGCAUAGACGUACAAACUCUGUCAUUCUUAGUUUGUUUCCCCUUUUUUCUUUUAUAUAUAAUCUCCCUCCUUCCUUCUUUAACUCUCUUUUUGCAUCACAACUGUUGGCCUCACUUCAAUGCCGCUUAGUGCAGAGUCCACACAGUGCAAGCACUUCUGUAACGUGUGUUCAGCAUAAGCGCUUUACAGAUUGGAAAGAAAGCUCUUUCAUUAUUAUUUUUUUUUUUUAAUCUGUGCAGAGUUCUCCCUUGGCUACAUACAGGGACUCAUGAUUUCAGUCUUAUUUCUAAUUUGAUUGCUCUUGUAGUUCGUAGAUGCUGUGACCAUUUUCCUGUGCAGGCUUUCUUUUGAUAAACAAAACAGGUAUGCUAUAAGAGGGCACCAUGAAGAUAGAGCAAAGGAUUUUGCAUUCUGUAAUUUCAGAAAGGUUGUUUGCCUGUGCUGUUGCAAAAAGAGAAGUUAUUUGAAAAUUGUCCUAGCGAGAUCGGUAUUUGUAUGUAGGUUUAUGAAAAACGGAACACGUAUUCUGGUCAGCAGUACCCAUGAUGAAGUGCAGGCCAAGAGUACUUGCUUGCGUAUUUGUCUAAUGUUACCUUGAUCUCGGUCAGUCGGUUAGUCUUUCGAGAGCAUUUGAACAGCGCAAGAGAAGAAAGGAACAGCGAUCGUUCUGUUGUGUCUGUUUCAUUUUCAUCUUUAGCACUGUUGGAACAUUGUCUAACAGCUGCCCAGCUUUGUGGAGAAAAUUAGCAUGUAAUUAUGUUCUAUGGUUCGGCAACAGUGCUAUGGAAGUCUAAGCAUGGAAAAUCAAGAACUUGAAAACACAGCUAAACGUUUGUUGCAGCAGCAGCGCGAGCAGGCAAAAGGUCAUUUAUUUAUUUAUUCUUAUUUUUUUCUUCUUCUUUAAUGCUUUGCAUAUUGCCUUGGAUCGCCAAUGGAAUAUCUGUUUAGGCACAGAAGCACAUUUCAAGACAGAGCUCCCAGUGGUACCAUUUUUCGCAAGCAAAGCAGUUCAUUAGCAAAUGUUUCCUACCCAUGUCAUGCCUGCAAAAGGUGUGAGGGCAUCCUUUUCAAAUGGGUGGUUUAACAGCAAGUUGUUUUCUUCUGCAUAGCAUGUUCCGCUAGCAAGCCCAUCUGAUGAACCAUGCUGAUGAUUGCAUAAAUUGACACACUGCAAAGCUUGCAAAGGUGGAACAUGCAAAUGUGAAAGCUUUGCUCAUUUGUGACAACUGUACUUCAGAAAAUUAUGCAGUGCUUCAGUAUUUCAUGUUAGGUGCAUUGCAUUAUGACUUUAAAAUGUUCGUCCAAGGUGUAGUGUCUUGGCCUUCAGUUCAUACGUUCCUGGGACUUCCGCUGGCCAUCAUUUCGCAUCAAGUGUCGUCUCCUAGUGUUUUUUAAAUGUUGUGCAGAGGAACUUUGUUGUUUAUGAUGACGCAUUCAUAGGCGGUAGUCUCAUGCGAAUCAAGCUGCCGCCAGCAAACUGUUAUGUUUCAUAUGAUGGUAAGAUAUAUUGACUCUUGUACUCUAAGCUGACUUGCCUGUCUCUCAUAUUUUGACUGGCAUACCUUUGUUGAAGUAGAUCAUGUGUAAAGCAUAUGCUGUUUCAUAAGAGGCAACAUUAUUGCAGCUUUUGUACUGUGUGUUACCAUCUCGUACACAUGCAAAGUUUUAACACUGGUUAAUUUCUUGGUUGUUGCCCCAAAUCCAUGUGCAAGGAAUGGUGCUUGUACAUAUCUCAAGGUACAGUUGCCAGAAUGUUUGCAUCACAAUAUUUUUUUUUCAGUCCUGUUAUGUCUUGUAUGCACUGUAUGCUUGUAAAUAAUUGCUGCUUUUUCUCAGACAUGCUAUGUUCAACAAAGAAGCAUCACACAUAAAUAUAAAGUUCAUGGAAGAAGCGAUAUACUGUAUCAUAAUUUUUUUUUUAAUACAAGUAUUCUAGAUACAGUACAUCAGCCAUUAUGACACUUUGACACAUGCAGCGGAUUGUUAUACAACAGACAUUUUCUCUGUCCAAUUCAAACCAAUGAAAAAAGAAAAAGUGAUAAUCUGCAUGGAUCUGUGUACAAACUUCCAUGAAUGGCUGCUGUUGCUUUUGCUGCACUCGUUCAGUUUCCAACUGGGGGAAAAAUGAUUCUUAAGAAAUUGUAUUGAAAGUA